AUGGUAUCAACUGAUAUCGACGAGACCCCCCUAUCUGCCUCUCCCACCGAGCGUCGCAAUUCUCUCGAAAAGCGCCUCCAAAACCGUCCCGAGGCUCAGGAGCUCAAAGAUAGACACAUCCUGCUCGACACCAAUGUGGCACCAUCACUUCAAGCCGCAAGACAGGAGCUAGCUCGCCAGCGAACUACAGAUAGCCUGAAGAAACAUCUCGAGCACCGUCCUGACCGGGAGGAGCUCAUAGAGCGAAAUAUUCUUCCGUCUACUAAUGCUGCUCCUGCGCUGCAGGCCCAUGCUCGCGAACUCGAGAAACAUAUGUUGGCUGAUCAUUUGGAUCAGAAGAUCCAGAACAGACCGCAGCCAGAGGAUCUCAUUGUUCAGGGUAUUUUAACUGAGGGUGAGGAUCCGAGAAACCCGGCUGUUUAG